AUGCAGAACGGGGCCAGCAAAAUGUCGGGCGAGGGCUCGGUUGGAAAUCGCCCGCCCUCUACAGAAGCAGACAGUGAUGAAGCCAACCAAUUCCCUAGCGAGGAUGAGGACCACGGCGACCACGAAACACUCUGUCGUAAUGGGAAGAGAAAGCGUCCUGUCUCAGUCUCAUGUGAGCUAUGCAAGCAAAGAAAGGUCAAGUGUGAUCGUGGGCAACCAUCGUGCGGCUGGUGUACCCGCAAUGGCGCUAUAUGCGAAUAUAAAGAACGCAAGAAGCCUGGUUUAAGAGCGGGCUAUGGUCGCGAGCUUGAGCAGCGCCUCGACAAGCUCGAGGAGAUAUUGCGCUCCCAUGCUGAGAUUCUCCAUGGCAACUUGGCAUCCAACACAAAUCCCGUCUUAGCUGCCAGUAUUCGGCAUAGUAACCCAAGUCUUCCGAGCGACCAAGGAACUCCACGGGAUACUCACCCAAACCUCCUCCGACCUUCAGAACCAGUCCGCACGCCUCAAACCGAUCCUGUCAUGUUUGGUCAGAAGGCACCCAGCUCCAACUUUGCCCCGAGCACACAGAGUCUCGAUUUCAACGUUGCUCAUACACCUAGAAUGAACGAUGGUUACCAGAGUCAGAACCAGGCGUCGAUGUCAGGUGUGGCAGCAUCCUCCCAAUUAUCACCCAUGCAACAUGUCGCUGUCACUCAAGACUAUUACACGUCUGUACAACCCAACAUUCAUUCACCCACGGCCCCACUAUCAUCGGCUCCAGGCACAUCGACCCCAGAUCGAGAUAUGCCGCCUUACGACCUUCUAUAUGCACUUGUUGAUCUCUACUUCAAACAUAUCAAUACCUGGUGCCCCAUUUUGCACCGCAAAACGACUCUAGAUAGCCUUUUUGGACCAUCUGCCCUCGAUGAAACAGAUCGAGUUCUACUCCACGCCAUAGUUGCAACCACAAUGCGCUACUCGACGGACGCUAGGCUAACAGAGGAGCGGCGAGAGCACUAUCACCGAGUUUCCAAAGAGCGCGUUCUCCUUUAUGGCAUGGAAAACUCCUCGGUCAAGGCGUUGCAAGCUCUCGUUAUCCUGGCUCUUGAUCUUUGUGGGAGCAGUAACGGCCCGCCAGGGUGGAAUAUUAUGGCUUUGAUCACUCGUUCUGUAGUACAGCUUGGUCUCGCUGUGGAAAUCACCUCAUCCACUGUGUCGCCUCAUUACCUUUCAAUAUACACGCUUCGGGCCAUGACACUCUCGGAACCCAAGGAUUUUAUCGAGGAAGAGGCGAGACGGCGUCUAUUUUGGAUGAUAUAUCUUCUGGACAGAUAUGCAACUCUUGCGACUGCUUUUGAAUUUGCUCUGGACGACAAGGAAAUUGACAGGACAUUACCGUGCCGUGAUGACUUGUGGAUCAAGAAUCAAAAGGUUGACACUCGAUGGUUCAGCACUGACCUACACUCUGGUUCGCCCGGCCAUGAUAUUGAUCAGCCAGAGAACCUGGGUGCAUUCGCCUACUACAUCGAAAUCCUCGGUAUUCUCUCCAAGAUACACAAGUUUCUUAAACAGCCAGUCGACAUUAGUGCCUUGAGCGAUGUGGAACAAUGGCAGAUGCGGUACAAGGAACUUGACAACAUGCUGACAUCCUGGAAGUUCAGUCUUCCUGGUGAAUUUGGGAAUAUGGCAAAACUGUUCCAUCCAGGGAGUAAAAGCAUCAACUGCGCUUGGGUCAUGCUUCAUGCCACCUACCAUACGGCCGUUAUUCGCCUUCACUCGUCAGCUGCCUAUCCUACAACGAGGUCACCCAUAUUCACUCCAUCAUAUAGCGCGUCGCAACGAUGUCAUGGUGCAGUUGAAAAUGUGGCUGCCCUCGGGGAAUUUGUUGUGAAUAACGGGAUGCUAGCAAAGCUGGGUCCACCAUUUGCGUUUACUCUCUGGGUUUCGGCUCGUCUGCUCCUUGUUCAUGGCUCAACAGUUGAACAUAAACUUUCACCGCAGCUUCCGUUCUUCGUCGAUAGUCUGCGUGAAAUGGGUCGUUACUGGCCUGUUGCGGCACGAUAUUCCCAGUUGCUGCAAAGAGUCUUGGAUGAGCAUCACGAUAGCGAGCGACAAGGUGACGGGAUUACGCCCAGUUCAGUCAAAAUCCUCUCUGAUAUGCGACGCACAGCAUUUGACUUGGAUUUCCUCAUCUCGCGGCAGCCCAGACAGCCUAGUGCUCUGAGUAGGUUACCGAGCGUCACGCCCGCGAGGACACCGGCUCCCAACGAGCUUGAAUAUCUUGACGUGUUCGACUUUUUCAACGUACCUCGACUCCCUUUUGGGGGUGAGCAUAUUUCCGGCGCCAAUGGAACACCGGCUCCGCCAGGGGCCGAGAUGAGCGCGUCCAACGACAACGGAACGGGCUUGGGGGCGUCAAAUGAGUUUAAUAUAACCAACUUCAUGGUCGAUGCCAACAGUGACUGGCUGUUCAAACAAGAGGGAGGGCCCAAGUAUAUGGCAGCUACAUAA